AUGGCUUUCCACACUCGCUCUAACAGCUUCCCUUCAAGGCCACACCCGAUCAUUCAAGAAUUGCUUCAGUUGCCACUCACACAACAAGCCUUGGCCAAAGAGCAGAAUGAGAAAUGGACUAAUGAGCUAUUAGAUGGCUCUCUCAGGCUCUUGGAUGGUUGCAGCAGCGCCAAGGAUGCUAUCUUGCAAACCAAGGAAUGCGUACAGGAUCUUCAAUCGAUCAUACGAAGAACACGAGGAGGUGAAUCUGGAGCACUCACCAGUGAGGUUGGGAAAUACUUAACCUCCAGGAAGAUGGUGAAAAAGAUAAUCCAAAAGGCUAUGAAGAAUCUAAAGGGAAUCAACAGAUCCACCUUCUCUUCCCCAAACCAGGACAAUGAGUCUAUUGCCAUUGUUAACAAGUUCAGAGAAGUUGAAGCAGUCACUCUUGCAGUGUUUGAGUCACUGCUGUCCUUCAUCUCUGGACCAAAAUCACAGCCAAGCAGCUGGUCAUUGGUCUCCAAGAUGAUGCACUCCAAAAAAGUUGCUUGUGAGGAAGAAACAGAAGCCAAUGAAUUUGCACAAGGGGAUGCUGCAUUGAACUCACUCAUUGGACACAAGACAAGCAAAACUCAAAACAAAAGUGUCGAAAAUGCGCAGAACCAGCUCGAGAAGCUGGAGUCAUGCAUUCAAGACCAAGAAGAAGGAGUUGAGUGCCUAUUUAGGCAAUUGAUCAAAACAAGAGUCUCCCUCCUCAACAUCCUUAACCACUAG